CCUUCAAAGCAUUACCUUUGCCAUUUGUUUGUUUCUCUGUAAGAAAUUCUCUCCACCUACAAAUGCCACAAUCUUCCUUUAGGCUUUGUAGUAAAACUCAAGCACCAUGUACAGCUCAUGGUGGCUCCUCUGUGCUCUUCACCUUCUCGUCUCCGUUGCCGCCAUGCUGCCACAAUCUCCGGUUCAAUGCGACGGAAAAGGUGGCUGCAACCUCGUCAACUCCUACGGUGUUUGGAACGACAGAAAAGAUUGCCAUGUUGCUAAUGUCACGUACCCCAGGACCGAAAAUGAGCUACUUAAGGCUGUGGCCUACGCAAACCAGAACAAGCUCAAGCUCAGAGUGGUGAGCCAGUUUUCACAUACCAUAACCAAACUGGCAUGUCCUGCUACAAGUACAGGAAACUCAUUGCUAAUAAGCACAUCAAGUUACAACUCUGGGAUCGAAAUUGAUCACGCCAAUUUAGCUGUCACAGUUGAUAGUGGUGUAGGACUGCGCAAAUUGAUCGACACAGUUGAAGCAGCUGGAUUAAGUUUGGUUGCUGCACCAUAUUGGGAGGGUGUGAGUGUUGGAGGGCUUAUAAGCACAGGCUCACAUGGAAGUUCAUGGUGGGGAAAGGGAGGUUCUGUUCAUGAUCAUAUUGUUGGUCUAAGCCUAAUUGUUCCUGCUACACAGUCUGAAGGGUAUGCGAAAGUUCUUAGAUUAGAACCCAAAGAUGAACUUUUUAAUGCUGCCAAAGUUUCGUUGGGGUUGUUGGGUGUCAUCUCCAAGGUGAAGUUGUCACUGGAGAAGGGAUUCAAAAGAAGCAUAACGUUUAAUUUCACUGAUGAUGAUCAAAUUGAAAACAAGUACAUGGACCAUGGAAAAAAGUAUGAAUUUGCAGAUAUCACUUGGUAUCCAUCAAAGCGUACAGCUGCUUACAGAUAUGAUAAUCGAGUUCCCUUGGAUGUCUCCGGCAAUGGAGUUUACGACUUCCUUGGCUUCCAAGCUAAUCCCAUUUUGGUCUCGAAAUCUGUGAGAGCAUCAGAGAAAGUCAUGGAUAAUGGGCACAACUUGAGUGGAAAGUGUUUAUUAGCCUCUUCAUUUUUAGGGUACAAGAAAUUAGUAGCCAAUGGUUUGAAAAAUGGCGUAAUCUUCACUGGCUACCCAGUCAUUGGUAACCAGGGCAAAAUGCAAACUUCAGGUUCAUGUUUAUACUCAACAGGCAAAGACAGCUCCUGUGCUUGGGAUCCAAGAAUCAAUGGCCUCUUCUUCUACGAGACAACGGCAAUAUUUCCGGCCCCGAAAUUCCGAGACUUCAUCCUUGAUGUGAAGAAGCUAAGAGACCUAGUUAAGCCAGAAAAUUUCUGUGGGGUGGAUAUUUACAAUGGAUUUCUGAUACGUUUUAUUAAGGCUUCUGAGGCAUAUCUUGGUCAACCUGAGGACUCAGUGGUGGUUGACUUCAACUACUAUAGGGCUGAUGAUGCUUCAACUCCAAGAUUUGAUCAAGAUGUUUGGGAAGAGGUGGAGCAAUUGGCUUUCUUCAAGCAUGGGGCAAAGCCACAUUGGGCUAAGAAUAGGAACAUAGCAUUCUUGAAUGUGCAGAACAAGUACUCCAAGUUUAACAAGUUUAUGGGAAUGAAAAGACAGUUGGACCCCCAUAACAAGUUCUCAAGUGAAUGGUCUGAUGAGGUUGUGUAUGGAAGAGAAGGUGCUAAGAGUGAUGGGUGUGGUUUGGAGGGUAUGUGCAUUUGUUCUGAAGACAGGCAUUGUAGCCCAGGAAAAGGGUAUUUCUGUAAACCUGGCCUUGUUUAUGGUGAAGCAAGAGUUUGUAGGCAUUCUCCAUCCUCAAAUGUGGCAUCAGAUAAUCCUAAAACUAAUUAGUGAAAGGAAGUUUCUCAUUGUCUUUUAUGUUGCACACUACAAUUUUUCUUUUUUGAAAAGAUUGUACACUACUAUUAAUUUGUUCCUUAUGUGGAUGGGAG